AUGUGUGUGAGUGAGAUGCGUUUUUGGGAAAUGCAUCCGUUUGUUUUGUGAAUUUAAUUUAUUAGGUGUACAUAAUCUAUAUAUAAAUAGUUAAAAAGUUUCGCUAUAAGUGAAUUAUUGUUAAAGAAGGGGCAUUAUAUUUUUGUGUUUUCAUUUUGAAAGUGUUUUGAGUUACUGAUAAUUUUUGCCAUUCCCGCAGCACAUACUUGUGCUCUGUAACAACUUCCUGCUUGAAAUGCUACCAUUUCUGGCUUUUACAAGAAGAAAUUAGUAUCGAUGGAUUCAGGCACAGAUUGGCUUUAUGAGAUACUGCAAAAUGUUCAGUUGGAACAAUUCUAUUUACCAAUUAGAGACCAACUACAGAUAACAAGAUUAGCACAUUUUGACUAUGUACAUGCAGAGGACUUGGAAAAGAUUGGCAUCAGCAAGCCUGGUGUGCGAAGAUUGUUUGAUGCUGUUAGAAAAAAGAAACUACAAUUAUGGAACAAAAAGUUCUGGAACAAACUAUUUGGAACAUCAUCAAAUUCUUUAAAUAGAGAUAAAACUGAUUUAUCGAUAAGACCAAUAGUUAAAACAGAACAACAAACAACAUGUAUAAUUUUAGAAAAAGACUUGGUAUUACACAAUGAACUUGGUAAUGGAUCUUUUGGUGUAGUUAAAAGAGGCGAGUGGAAAAUUUCAAAUCAAUCUGGACAAACAUUGCCAGUGGCAGUGAAAGUAUUGAAAGCUGAUGCUUUUUCUCAACCAGGAAUAUAUGAUGAUUUUAGAAGAGAAGUAGAGGCUAUGCACAGUUUGAAACAUGAUAAUUUAAUUAAACUCCAUGGUGUAGUGUUCCAUCCUUUAAUGAUGGUGUGUGAGCUUGCACAAAUGGGAGCUUUACUGGAUUAUAUUAGAGCCCAGAAUGGCAAAAUUUCUCUGAAUUAUAUAUCAAAAUGGUCUAGUCAAGUAGCUGCUGGAAUGGCAUAUCUAGAGAAACAUAGAUUUUUGCAUAGAGAUUUGGCAUGCAGAAAUAUUUUGCUGUCUACUUUGGAAAUUGUAAAAAUUGGUGAUUUUGGUUUAAUGAGAGCAUUACCAGAUGCUGAUGAUUUUUAUGUAAUGAGUGAGAGAAGACGUGUGCCUUUUCCUUGGUGUGCACCAGAGUCACUCCGUACUCGGCAAUUUUCUCAUGCAUCUGAUGUUUGGAUGUUUGCUGUUGCCCUUUGGGAAAUGUACACAUUUGGUGAGGAGCCUUGGAUAGGCUUGAAUGGGUCGGAGAUAUUACGGCUAAUAAUGCGCGAAGGUCAGCGGCUGACCGCGCCGAACGCAUGCCCUCCUGAUGUCUAUAUGCUCAUGAUGCAGUGUUGGGACCUUAACCCAAAGGAAAGACCUACUUUUGCUGGUAUUCAACGAUAUAUGGACACAAAUAAAUUUGAAACCAACAUUGCUGCUCUCAGUUAUAGAAGGCAAGGACAGAUGACGGUAGAAUCUGGAGAUGCUAUAAUACUUAUAGAUAAAAGGCCUGAACUUCAUUGGUGGAAGGGACAAAAUCAACGUACUCUAGAAGUUGGUCUCUUCCCAAGCACUUUGGUGACGUCAGGCAAAGGCAAAAUUACUCCAUCAAGCAAGAAGCCUCAAACAGUUUCUCCGGUCAGAAGAGCAUCAACCUUAUCCAACGCAUCUGUAAUAUCUAAUGGGUCGUCUGACGAUACGGACAUUGUUUUGCGCAAACGGCGUACUAUCGAGUCUACACAGCCAACUUCUACGCGAGGGGGCAACACUGGCAGCAAACAUUUCAACUAUAACAAACUGAUCAAUGACAGAGCAGCUACCAAUCAGAGACUAUCGCGAUCAGCUAGAGACGCCUAUUCUAAGAGCUUGAAUCAAGUGAAAGAAGAUCUGUUAAUCGACUUAGAUCUGCCACCUUCAACGCGGUUAACGUCACCUACAAAGAAAACGAUCAGCCAGAACAUCUCAAUAUUGGACGAACCUAUUGAUGUGCCGGAAGUCGCUCAAGAGACUAGUUGGGGCGAACCUAGCAUUGAAAGCCUCCCAUCAUAUUCGACAAACAGUCAAACUGUCCAACCUUAUCCCAGUCUCUAUGGAGCAAAGUCGUUGGACAAUCUAGCGAUGUCAUCUAACUCACAUAUAUCAUUAGCUCAAUCCGAUCCUUUCGAAACUCAUCAGUUUUGGCCAACAGCUGGACAAAGCAGCUCCUCUAGAUCGAACUACGAUGCACAGUCCACAUAUUCUUACACAAAUAAUAGAUCAGAUGAAUCUCAAAGAUACUCUAUAGGUAGUUUUACUACCAUCAACUCUGAGAACACUCAAAUUUAUAAUAAUGUCACACCGAACAAUAGAAUAAAUGCAAGUAAUAAUUAUGGUGCUAUACCUAAUACGUUAUACGCGAAUAGUAGUGCUCUCUGCUUAGAAAAAAACGAUUCAGACGUCACUGCAUCUCUUGCGGGAAUGUCGCUAGACGACAGAAUCUCAGAAUCUUUGAAUCUCAGAUCGAAGAAUACCAAUUGUGAGAAUAUAUAUUCAAAUAGUGACGUAGUUUACGGCGACGCUCGAUCUGUGACCGGCGAUAGUAGAUAUAAUGAUAUACCUAUAUACAAUAACUUCGAACUUAAUACUAAUCAGGAACAGUUCAUGUUCGAGUCGAAGGAUUAUUAUACAAAAUUGUCUACGCCAUCAGAGGCUAAAAUAAGUAACGAUUAUGAUAAGAACAUUUACGUGGAGAAAGCGGAGAAGUUGCAGAACUUCAGUGACACAUUGGAGAAUUCAAAGAAUUAUAGCGCGUUGAAAUAUCAGAACGUGGAUUACGGUAACUACGGGAACUUCGGUGGGAACUACGGGAACGCGGCGUCGACGUCACGAGCGGAGGUCUUGUACGAUGACGUCAAUGAUACCGCCAGUAACAUUUACAGUGAGAUCGGGGAAUCGAGUCGGGGUGUUUAUGGUGCCAGCCAGCCGUCCACUUUGUAUGAUGAAGUGUAUGAGGAAGCGACACCGAGACCGCAUAGGCCGGCGCCACCUUGCCCCUCUAAACCUAAGUAAUAUACAGAAUCUAUAUGCAUAUCUCUAAUUAAAAAAAAAACUCUUAAAAUGCUUUGAUUGUUAUUGAAUUUUGUAUUUAUUUGGUGGAGAAACAGUUCCCACCUGUAGUUAAUGUAUGUAUUUUAUGUCUAUUGUAAAUGAUUCAUUCAUAUGAAGAAUGUUGACGAGAACAAUAAUAAUUUAUAAUAAUUUUCGCAAAUUCUUUACACAUUCGGUAUUAAUUAUUUCCUGAAAAGCAUUUUUUGUUUGUUGUUUAAAUUAUUAUGAAUGGUUAUAGUAUGCUAGUAUUGAUUUGCAUACAAUAGGAUUUGUUUCUGUACACAAUCUUUAUUAAAAUGUAAGUCUUAUUACAGUAAGAGUCAUCUUAAGAAACUUCAAAUUAUAUAAGUGUCAUGUUUACAAUUAUCAUGAUUCUUUCAAACAACCAUUGUGUGAUAUU